AUGGGUAAGAUUGUUGAUAAGAUUGAUGUGUUGGCCGGUAGGACAACCACCUCCGGAAUGAGAGGUAGAAAAUUACGUGUUUUUAUCACAGUUACAGCUACCAUUGGUUUCUCGCUUUUCGGUUAUGACCAAGGUCUUAUGUCUGGUUUGCUUAAUGGUGAUCAAUUCAAAAAGGAGUUCCCUCCUGCUGAUGGUGAUUCAACUAUUCAAGGUGCCAUUACUGCUUGUUAUGAAUUGGGCUGUUUCUUUGGUGCUAUUUUCGCUUUGUUAAGAGGUGACUACUUCGGUAGAAAACCACUUAUGCUUGCCGGUUCGAUUAUCAUCAUUAUUGGUACUGUUAUCUCAACGGCGGCUAUCAGACCAUACUGGCAAACUGGUCAAUUCGUUAUUGGUAGAGUUGUCACUGGUGUAGGUAAUGGGCUAAACACAGCAACUAUCCCAGUUUGGCAAUCGGAAAUGUCUAGAGCUGAAAACAGAGGUAAGUUGGUCAACAUUGAAGGUGCUGUUGUUGCCUUGGGAACUUGUAUUGCUUACUGGAUUGAUUUCGGUUUCUCGUAUAUCAAUAGUUCAGUACAAUGGAGAUUCCCAACUGCUUUCCAAAUUGUCUUUGCUGGUUUGUUCUUUAUUGGUCUUACCAACUUGCCAGAAUCUCCACGUUGGUUGAUUGCUCAUCACCGUAGAGCUGAAGCUCACGAAGUGUUGGGUUACCUUAAUGACUUGCCACCAGAUGAUGAUGCUAUUAUUGCUGAGGGUACCACUAUUAUCGAUGCGGUCAACAGAUUUGCCGAUGCUCAAACUGGAUUCAAAGAUUUGUUGACUGGUGGUAAGACUCAACAUUUCCAAAGAAUGUUGAUUGGUUCAUCAUCACAAUUUUUCCAACAAUUUACUGGUUGUAAUGCUGCUAUUUACUACUCAACAUUGUUGUUUUACCAAACUAUUUUUGACUAUAGUAAGUACAGAUUGUCAUUGAUUUUGGGAGGUGUUUUUGCUACAAUCUAUGCCUUGGCUACCCUUCCAUCAUUCUUUUUGAUUGAUACUGUUGGAAGAAGAAAAUUAUUUUUCAUUGGUGCUAUUGGUCAAGGAUGUUCCAUGAUUAUCUCAUUUGCAUGUUUGGUUGACCCAACCACCGACAAUGCCAAAGGUGCCGCCGUCGGUAUUUACUUGUUUAUUGUGUUUUUUGCCUUCACUAUCUUGCCAUUACCUUGGAUCUACCCACCAGAAGUCAAUCCAUUGAGAACUAGAACCACAGCCUCCGCCGUUUCAACUUGUACCAACUGGUUGUGUAACUUCGCCGUUGUUAUGUUUACACCAAAGUUCAUCGAAAGAUCCAAUUGGGGUACUUACUUGUUCUUUGCUUGUUUCAACUUCCUUUUCGUUCCAGUCAUCUUCUUUUUCUACCCAGAAACCGCUGGUAGAUCAUUGGAGGAAAUUGAUAUCAUCUUUGCCAAAGCACAUGUUGAGGGAAGACAACCAUGGAGAGUUGCUGCUACUUUGCCUAAAUUGUCAUUACAAGAAAUUGAAGCUGAAGGUAACAGCUUGGGCUUGUAUGAUGAUGACUUCGAAAAGGAUAACUUUGAAACUAAGGAAGAUAUUAGUGACUCCACCAGUAAUAAUGGAAACGGCGCCAAUGGUGGUAUGUUUGAAAAGAAUUCAGCUGAAGAAGAUAACACUGCAGCUGGAUCUGAAGAAGCUUCAAACAAAGUUUAA